ACGUGAUUCAUUCGUCUGCUGAGAAAAUGUAAAAUGGCGGACAUGUAAUUGUCAGUUGUCAAAAACAGCGGUAAUAAUGGCGAAAAGAGUCACAACAGUAUUGAUAGAUCUUAGUGGCACACUGCAUAUCGAUAACACAGUUAUCCCUGGCGCUGUGCAGGCGUUAAACAGGCUGCGAAAUGCAGAUUUGUCGAUUAAGUUUGUUACUAACACUACCAAAGAAUCAAGUAAUUGUUUAUACGAGCGUUUGACAAAUCUUGGCUUCGACUUGCGGAAGGAAGAAAUCUUCAGUUCUUUGGCUGCAGCGAGAAAAUUGAUUAUCUCUCGGCAACUGAAUCCGAUGCUCUUGAUUGAUCCAGCGGCGAUGGAAGAUUUUCAAGAUUUGGUCAAAGAUGAGACCACGCUUAAUGCAGUGGUGGUUGGUUUGGCACCGAGCAAAUUCAAUUACGACGAAUUGAACAAAGCAUUUAGAUUACUGUUGGAUGGCGCAUCGCUCAUAGCUAUUCACGAAGGACGAUAUUAUAAACGUCCUGACGGUCUAGCUUUGGGUCCUGGCGCGUUUAUCAAAGGUUUAGAAUAUUCUAGCAACAUAAAGCCGGAGGUGGUUGGUAAACCGACUAUAGAGUUUUUUAAGGCAGCUUUAGGGGAGGUAGAUCCAGAACAGGCUGUAAUGAUCGGAGACGAUGUGAGAGAUGAUGUAGCCGGUGCGCAGGCAGCCGGUAUCAGAGGUAUUUUGGUACAAACUGGCAAGUACAGAGCAGGGGAUGAGAAUACGAUUACUCCAGGGCCAGCGAAAGUAUGCGUCUCUUUCGUACAAGCUGUCGAGAGUAUUCUCGAUGGAUAGCAUUUAAAGAUUUGUGGUUGGUGAAAUCAAUAAUAGCCGAAAUUUUU